AUCACAUGAAAUACAUUACAUAUACCUAAAUAUAAUCUUCGUGUAUAUACAGCACAUUAUUAACACAGUACACCAGAAGUCGAAUAAAGGCAAGACCAAGAAGAACAUGGAGGAGGAGCUGCUGUUGAAGUUGGAGGAGAAGAGGCCCACUAGUAGUGCUAGUGAAGGCGGCGUCACGGUGGUUCUCAUCUUCAGCAUCUUCACCGCCGUUUGUGGCUCCUUCGUCCUAGGAUGUGCUUGGGGUUAUUCCUCUCCUGCACAGUCUGGAAUCAUCGGGGAUUUGGGGCUUUCAACAGCAGAUUAUUCGCUAUUUGGAUCAAUACUUACAGUCGGUCAACUGAUAGGUUCACUAGCAUGUGGUACAUUAACAGAUUACAUUGGUCGGCGUGGUACAAUGGGAUUAUCAAGCGUACUCUCACUCGUUGGAUGGCUUGCUAUAGCAUUUUCACAGGCUGCUUGGUCCCUUGAUCUUGGUAGAAUUAUCAUGGGUUUUGCCGGAGGACUUUACAGUUAUGUGGUUCCUGUAUACAUUGCAGAAAUAACACCAAAGAACCUCCGAGGGGGUGCGGUGCUUCUCCAUCAAUUGAUGAUCUCCUGUGGGAUAGCGUUUGCUUUCCUUGUCGGGCUUGUGACAAACUGGCACGUCUUAGCUUUAAUAGGUGCAUUACCAUGUCUAUUGCAACUCUUAGGCUCAUUUGUCAUUCCGGAAUCUCCUAGGUGGUUGGUGAAGGCUAGUGAUAGCAAUGGUUACGAAGGUGCUUUGAGACGUCUUAGGGGAGAUAACGCGGAUAUAACUGAUGAAGCAGCGGAAAUCAAAGACUACAAUCAAUCUGUUGCAAGUAUGUCAGAUCAAAAAUUCAAUAAUAUUUUCCAAAAAAAAUAUACUUAUGCUCUCACAGUAAGCCUUGGGCUAAUGGCACUAGCAGGACUUUGUGGUGCAAAUGGAAUUAUAUUUUAUGCGGCUACGAUUUUUGAAUCAGCUGGAUUUUCAGGAGCUAUAGGGACUGUGGCAAUGGCUCUUACCCAGCUUCCACCCACUAUUCUAGGCGUAUUCUUGAUGGAUCAUUUUGGAAGACGGCCACUUUUGCUGUAUUCUGCCAUUGGGAUGUUCACAGCUUGCUUUUCAGUGGCAUUAUCAUUCAUGAUGAAGGAACAUGGAUUGAUGAAAGAAUUCAGUCCCUAUUUGGCCCUUAUAGGCAUUUUGAUUUCUGCUGCGACGUUCCCAGUUGGGCUGGGAGGGAUACCGUUCAUAAUAAUGUCAGAGAUUUUCCCAAUGAACGUAAAAGGAGCUGCGGGAACCUUAGCAGUUGUUGUGUAUUCAUUGAGUAGUUGGAUUGUCUCCUACACAAUUAACUUCUUAAUGGAUUGGAGUUCCUCUGGAACAUUUUUCUUAUACACGAGCAUCAAUGCUUUUGCCCUACUAUUUAUCUCAAUAUUGGUCCCAGAGACAAAGGGACGAACAUUGGAGGAAAUACAAGAAUCACUACAGGGAUAUGUACAUUAAAGUUUUGCGAUCAAUAUAUCAUUUUCUGGUUUCUCUGGUUUUACUGCAGGAAAAUUCAGUUGAGGAGUUGGAAAUUUCAUUUACCAGCCUCCCUUCCCUGCUCACCUAUUUUGUUCAUUUUUUAUUAUGUUGUGUGAAGUUUGAUUAUAUGGAAGGAAUAGUAAUAUUUUUUUACCUGCAAGUGUAUAUGAAGUAUAUCUUUUGCAUAUGAAGUAUUGGUGUGGGGAAUAUUUGUAAAGACUUUUUCAGACAAUAAAACCUUCCCUUAUGGAUUCAAGAAGAUUUUUAUGAUUA